AUGUGGAUAUUUCUGGUGAUGAUGACGAUUGUUAAUCUCGUAGGUACUAAGCGUGUAAGGAAAGAACCUCGACAAAUUUCAGUCACGUCAUCAGGUGAAGGAAGUGAAGGUGAACUCAAUCCAAAAUUGUGUAUGCUUCGUCGACGUAAACGUGCUAUGGCAUCCGUUGAUGCAACAGGAUGGGAGGCUUCAAGUGGACCUGUUAUGAGGAAAAAAGAUAUACAUCUCUUAUCAACCGCAGAAACAUCUCAAUCAGCCUCAAAAGACGAAGAAGAUAUGAAAAGUAAGAUUGUUGCACUUGAGGAGGAGGUUCGAAUAAACGAACAGAAAGUCAAACAAAGUGAGGAAAAAUGUGAAAAAAUGUUCCAGUUUAUUAUCUCGAAGUUCCCGGAUUCUCAAAACAUAUUAUGUCCACCCGAUGAAGAUGAAGCCCGUGCGUACAAUGACAUAACAGAUCUAUUAUAG